UGGGUCUGUAGUUCCGCUUCCCUUCCUCAGCGGGAUCCUCCAGGGCCUCCAGGUCUCUCUGUAAAUACAGUCACACUUCCACCGACUCCUUCGUCUAGCGUGUGUCCCGUAGGGCCCGAUGUUCCGGCGGGGGGGUUUCUAGCGGACUACAGAGCGUUUUCCAGACGGGAGGAUCGUCCGGGAGUCGGGCUGCUUCAUCUGACCCGUGAGGACAACACAACAACCUUUCAGCAAUGUGCGACAACGGAGACCCCGAGGACAAACCCCCUGCCCCUCCAGUCAGGACGGGCAGCACCAUUUUCAGCACCAGUGCCGGCAAAGAUUCGCUCUCUGCCAACCACAGUUCCAAACCACUACCCUCUGUACCGGAGGAGAGGAAACCUCGCAAUAAGAUCAUCUCAAUCUUCUCUGGUGCUGAGAAAAGUGGAAGGAGGAAAGAUCGAGACAAAGAGCGACCAGAAAUCUCACCGCCGUCAGAUUUUGAACAUACCAUACAUGUUGGAUUUGAUGCUGUAACAGGGGAGUUCACUGGUAUGCCAGAGCAAUGGGCUCGACUACUCCAGACCUCAAACAUCACUAAGUCAGAGCAGAAGAAAAACCCACAGGCUGUGCUUGAUGUUCUUAAGUUUUACGACUCUACAGGCAACGGUCGACAAAAGUACCUCAGUUUCUCAUCCUCCGAGAAAGAUGCAUUCACUCCAGGACCUCAGUCUCCCGUUAAAAAAGGCGCAGAACCCUCAUCUCCAAACAUAAAACACAUUGACGAUGAGGACGAUGAUGAAGCUCCACCUCCUAUUGUGGCACCAAGACCAGAACACACAAAGAGUGUGUACACUCGGUCAGUUAUUGACCCCAUCCCAGCACCAAGCACAUGUCCAGAUGGAGACACUGGUGCCAAGGCUGCCGAUAGACAGAAAAAGAAGGGCAAGAUGACAGACGAGGAGAUCAUGGACAAACUGAGAACCAUAGUCAGCAUUGGGGAUCCCAAGAAGAAAUACACGAGAUAUGAAAAAAUUGGCCAGGGAGCAUCAGGAACAGUAUUCACAGCCAUUGAUGUUGCCACAGGACAAGAGGUCGCCAUUAAACAGAUCAAUCUACAAAAGCAGCCGAAAAAGGAGCUCAUCAUCAAUGAGAUCCUAGUCAUGAAGGAGUUGAAGAACCCCAACAUUGUAAAUUUUUUAGACAGUUUCCUCAUGGGGGAAGAACUGUUUGUGGUGAUGGAGUACCUGGCUGGCGGCUCGCUGACAGAUGUCGUCACAGAGACUUGUAUGGACGAAGCCCAGAUAGCUGCUGUCUGCCGAGAGUGUUUACAAGCAUUGGAGUUCUUGCACGCAAAUCAGGUCAUCCACAGAGACAUCAAAAGUGACAAUGUGUUGCUGGGGAUGGAUGGCUCUGUGAAGCUCACCGACUUCGGCUUCUGUGCCCAGAUCACUCCCGAGCAGAGUAAACGUAGCACCAUGGUAGGCACACCUUACUGGAUGGCUCCUGAGGUGGUGACCAGGAAGGCAUAUGGCCCUAAAGUUGACAUUUGGUCACUUGGUAUUAUGGCGAUUGAGAUGGUUGAAGGAGAGCCUCCGUACCUGAAUGAAAACCCACUACGAGCAUUAUACCUGAUUGCAACGAAUGGGACACCUGAGCUUCAGAAUCCAGAGAAAUUGUCUCCAGUUUUUAGAGAUUUCUUGAACCGCUGCCUGGAAAUGGAUGUAGAGAAACGAGGAGGUGGCAAAGAGCUCCUGCAGCAUCCGUUCCUGAAGCUGGCGAAGCCGCUCUCCAGUCUCACACCUCUCAUCCUGGCAGCCAAGGAGGCCAUGAAGGGCAAUCGCUAGCUGAUGCAACCAGCCCCCCUGCCUUCCCAUGCUGUGCACAGACAAGUGCCAACCAUAUACAUUACGUGCCAGACAAUAGGCUGAGAGUGACUUGCCUCUCCUGAUGCAUCAGCCUUAUAAGCCCUCACAAACCUCACUGUGAAGAAGACCAAAAAUCGAGAGCACAACCCCACCGCUGUCCAUAUGAACUCUACUUUCUGUCUCAUGUCAGAAGACAAGUCAAACUAAAGUGCUUAGUUUUAGAGUCAGGCAUAGUUAAUUUUGUACAUCGAAUCUCCUAGUGACACAUUAGGGGCUAGGCUUGUAUUUAACUUGGAAUGAAGAAGAUGCCUAGUUCUGUUUAGUGUUUGUUUGUUUUUGUUUUGUUGUUUUGUUUUUUAAAUCAACUGCCUUAAACAAAUGCAAGAUGUUGCCUAAUGUAUUGUUGAUUAUGUCACUGUCUCUUUUCCCAGGAUUUUUACUACAUUUGUAAUUGACCUUUUCAACUCGUCAGUGUCUUAGUUAUUUUGAUACUUGAAUUUCAUGUUUGUCCCCCUCUUGGUAUAUGAUGUGGUUCAUUCAAUGAACACGUUAUUUCCAUAUUGACUCAUAUUUUAGGGACAUGUUUUCUUUCAGACUUUUAUAGGAAACAUUUCAGUGCAUUAAUCAUCAUGUAAGUGUGGUGCGUUGUGUUGUUUUAUAAAUGUCAAACCUGACAGAUCUACUGUACAACUUCUUCCCCUGUGACAUUAGUAUCCCGAUACCAGAGGCGCACCUUACAGGCAAUUAAAAUAUUAGAUUGACAGGGUUUAUAUUUUCUUCUCUGUUGGUAUUAAAAUGAGUAUUGUAUGUCAA